AUGUCUGUGAAUAUUAGUUCAGGUGGUUGUCCUCCGCCGGAGACUGGUGGUGGUGCAGGUGAAACAAAGAAUAAUGGGUGGUGGUGGUGGCGGAAGAAGGUGUUGGACGUGGAGGAAUCUAAAACACAGGCCAUGCUUGCCUUACCGGUGAUACUCACACAUGUGUGCUACUACUUUAUUCCUUCUGCAGCGCUCAUGUUCGCAGGUCACCUUGGAGAGCUCGAGCUUGCCGGCUCCACCUUUGCCAACUCAUGGGCCACCGUCACCGGCUUCGCUUUUGUGGGUGGCAUUGAUUGUUGGGAGAGGAUGGUACUAUGGUUAGCUACGAUGAUAGGAUGGUGGUGGAAUGGUGGAGGUGGUGACGAUGGGGGGCAAGCUCAUCCUCAGAGAAAGAGUUUGCUCAUCCCACCAGCAGCACCUCUCACAUGGGCAAAGAACUUGAUCACGCUCAGACAUGGGGGAAGGAACCAGAUGCCUCGCUACCAGAGUGGACUAAGUGGUUCACUUGAAACACUGUGCGGGCAAGGCUAUGGAGCAAAACAAUAUGGGAUGCUGGGAAUACACCUGCAGGCAUCUUGCAUUAUAUCAUUCUUCUUCUCCAUCCUCAUUUCUGUCUCCUGGUUCUACUCCGGACCCAUUCUCAUGUUCCUCCAUCAAGAUCCUCAUAUAUCAGAAAUGGCUGCUCUGUACUUGAAGUACCUCAUUCCAGGGUUAUUCGCCUACGGCUUUCUCGAGAACAUCCUGAGGUUUCUUCAGGCACAAUCGGUGGUGAAGCCAUUGAUUCCGUGUUCAGUGAUCCCACUGAUCUUCCACAUUGGGAUUACUUAUGUAUUGGUUCAUAAGACAGCUCUUGGUUUCAAGGGAGCGGCAAUGGCGGUCUCGGUUUCACUGUGGAUCUCAGUCUUUGUGGUGGCGAUAUAUGUUCUGUAUGGGAAGAGGUUUGAGAGGACAUGGGAUGGGUUUUCAUUGAACUCAUUUCAUUAUGUUCUGAUCAACUUGAAACUAGCCCUACCUUCUGCGGCUAUGAUAUGUGUAAACACAGAAUCAAUUACCUACAUGACCACUUAUGGCUUCUGUGCUGCUGCAAGUACAAGGGUGGCAAAUGAGUUGGGAGCAGACAACCCUAAUCGAGCUAAGAAUGCCAUGUCUGUCGCCCUCAAGCUCUCUGUCCUUCUUGCUCUUGCUGUUGUGCUGGCUCUAGUUCUUGGUCAUGAUACAUGGGCAGGCUUCUACAGUCACAGCUCGGAUAUUGUAAAGAAAUUUGGGACAAUGACACCACUGCUUGUAAUCUCCAUAAUGCUCGAUUCUCUUAAAGGUGUCUUACUAGGGGUGGCCAGAGGUUGCGGCUGGCAGUAUUUCGCGACAUACAUUAAUUUGACGAUGUUCUUCUUCAUUGGCAUGCCGAUUGCCGGCAUUCUCGGUUUCAAGUUGAAACUACGGACUAAGGCUAACAUGCAUUCAUGCAAACAUUUAUCUAAUGAAGGGCCUGUGGAUAGGCUUGAUCUGCGGUAUUGCGUCCCAGACCUGCAGUCUUUUGUUGUUUACCCAACAGUGGUCCAUCGCCGGAGUCUGGUAGUGGCGAAGGUGAAGCAAAGAGUAUUGGGUGGUGUGGGUGGUGGUGGUGAAAGAAGGUGUUGGACAUGGAGGGAGGAAGCCAAAGCACAGAUCAUGCGUGCCUUACUGUUGAUGCUCACACGUGUUCUACUACUUCAUUCCUUCUUCAGUCCUCAUGCUCGCUGGGCACAUUGGAGAGAAAUAGAGGAAGACGGUGGAGCUAAAAUUGAAGAGGAGGAGUUUGGAGACAAUGGUUAUGGCUUAGUGAAGCCAUGGGCAACACCAAGCGAAGCCCAGGCGACGCAUGGCUCUGACCCAGUAGGUGAUGUCAGUUGGGGCAUUAGGGUCGAGGCCAGCAAGGUGUUGGGUGGCGCUGGGGCCAAGGCGGCGCCAACGAGGUGUUAA